AUGACUCGGUCCACACAGAUUGACCGGGAUUACGUCGUCACCGACAGAGGCGGCAUCAUCGAAAACACUCAUGGCGUUCACGUUGCCGUAACUGAUGUUGAAGGCAACAUCCUCUUCGCUGUCGGAAAUCCUUCUCGAAUUACCCAUGUGCGGUCCGCUGCAAAGCCUGCCCAAGCAGUGGCCGUUAUUGAGACUGGAGGCUUUGAAAAGUCUGGCUUUGACGACGCUGAUCUCGCUCUUAUGUGCGCAUCCCACAACAGCGAGGAUUUCCAUGUCACUCGUGCUAGAGGCAUGCUCGCUAAGAUCAAGGCUGGGGAAGAAUAUCUUCGAUGCGGCGGUCACCCCUCAGUUCUUGAGGACUUGAACCGGGCUUGGAUCAAGGCCGACUUUGAGCCCACUGGUAUUCACAACAACUGCAGCGGCAAGCACGUUGCCAUGAUGGCUGGUGCCCAGGGUCUCGGUGCUGAUAUCUUGGAUUAUCACCUGCCAGACCAUCCCAUGCAGCUCCAGGUCAAGAAGGUUGUGGAGGAACUCUCUCUUGACCCUGAGAAUGUUGAAUGGGGCAUUGACGGGUGUAAUCUUCCUGCGCCGGCCUUUCCGCUUUUCUACAUGGCACGCAUGUAUGCCCUCUUUGCAGACGCUGCCGACGAGGUUGAGAAAGAUGCUUCAUCGACGACUCAGAGAACUCGAAACCUCGCACGCACUUUCAACGCCAUGACACGAUAUCCUGAACUUGUUGGAGGUACGGGACGGUUCUGUACUGAGCUCAUGAGUAGCUACCAGGGACAAUUGUUUGGCAAAGUCGGUGCUGAUGCGUGCUAUGGAGUGGGUAUUCGUGAGUCUGAAGAUACUCGACGUCUCGGUGCCAAGGGCGGGAUUGGAAUUUCCUUCAAGAUCGAGGAUGGCAACCUCGAGAUUCUGUAUGCGGUCGUGCCCGAGGUUCUUGAGCAGCUGAAGAUUGGGACGCCAGAGGAAAGGAGCAAACUCGAUGCUUUCCAUUAUCUGAAGAGGAGGAACAGCAUGAAUGUCGUGACCGGGUCGGUCUCUUUCAACUUUCAGCUUCAUCCGCUUGAGUCGAAGUAG